AACCUAACCAAUCCCUCGCAUCUUGCCUAAACCUAACCAACCCAACCAGAGCAGGCAACGAGGGCGGGUCAUGCCUUCCCCAUCCUAGGAAAAAAUUUGGCGAGAGGAAGGCAACCAGCUAUAAUUCCGCUCAGCUAGAGAGGGGGAAGGAGCUGUCACUCGGUAAUGGACGCCAAUAAAGGUAAAGGGGAACAAGGGAUGCAGAAUCCAGGUGGGCAGAUGGACAGACCUGUCAGCUUCCACUUCUUGGAAAGCAUGCUUCCUAAAGUAGUCAAGAGGCGAGUGCAUGCCUUGAAAAGGCUACAGGUGCAGUGUGCCAACAUAGAGGCUAAAUUCUACGAGGAGGUCCAUGAGCUAGAGAGGAAGUAUGCCGCUCUCUAUCAGCCACUGUUUGACAAGAGACGAGAUAUUGUCACAGGAACAGCGGAACCCACAGAUGAAGAGUGCGAGUGGCACAGUGACAGAGAGGAAGAGGAGGAGCUAGCUGAGGAGGUAAAGGAAAAAGCUGCCAUUGAGGAUGCAAAGAAAGAGGAAGCCACGCCACAGGAAGACCCAAAAGGCAUUCCCGAGUUCUGGCUCACCAUAUUCAAGAGUGUGGACAUGCUCAGUGACAUGCUACAGGAACAUGAUGAGCCCAUCCUAAAGCACCUGAGAGAUAUUCAAGUCAAGUUUUCUGAGCCAGGACAGCCAAUGAGUUUCACAUUAGAGUUCCACUUUGAGCCCAAUGGUUACUUCAACAAUGCAGUCCUCACUAAAGUCUACAAGAUGAAGUCAGAGCCUGAUGCCUCAGAGCCUUUCUCAUUCGAGGGGCCAGAGAUCAUUGACUGUGAAGGCUGUCAGAUUGACUGGCACAAGGGGAAGGAUGUGACUGUGAAAACUAUUAAGAAGAAGCAGAAGCAUAAAGGCCGUGGCACUGUCCGCACGGUUACCAAACAGGUCCCCAACGACUCUUUCUUCAACUUCUUUAACCCUAUCAAAGCUUCACCAGAUGGAGAAAUGGACGAAGACUCUGAGUUCACCCUAGCCACAGACUUUGAGAUUGGUCAUUUCUUCCGUGAGAGAAUAGUUCCCAGAGCAGUGCUGUAUUUCACUGGAGAGGCCCUGGAAGAUGACGAGAGUUUUGAAGAGGAGGAGCUGGAAGAGGGAGAUGAAGAGGAGCAAGAUGAGGAAGGUGACGAUGACGAUGAUGAGGGAGAUGACCCCAAGGCAUAAUCAGUCAUUCUCACCCCAUGCAAUUUCUAGAAAGAACAGCCCCAGCCUGCCGAAUGCAAACAGCAGUAACCGUGGUGAUCAGGGGAGGUGGAGACCUGCUGUCCGUCAAAUCAGUUCUUAGCCAAACAGCAAGUCCUGCUACUCUUGCAGGCUCCGCUCUUUUAUGAACUUUCAUCUGAACGCAAUAGAACGCAAACCAAACUGCGUUUUUACUAUGUGCAUGACUUCUUUUUCUUUUGUCUGGCGCCCAUCUCAUCCCUCUUUUAUUUGGCUUCAUUCAAACUUAAAGCAGGAAGUGACUUGACUCUAAUUAAACUACCAUGGCAUCAGGGACAGUCUUGUUCUUUGUUGAGGUGGAGUAGGUUACUACUGCUAGGAACCUCAGAACAUCAUAUGGAAAAUAGAUAGGAAAGGAAUGGAUCCCAACUUUAGUUUUCAUUAAAAAAAAAUAAAUCAGUUACUCAGGGUUUUUUAAUGUCAAGAAGAGAAGUGCUCGGCUACCAGGAAACUGUUGAACAAGUCUGACUUAAUCUUUCACUGGGGUUGCUAAAUGGUUUUUCUUUUGUUAUGGUGUUUUUUAAGAGGCAUACAAUGUAUCAUUUUGAAUUUCUUAUUCUUUUUUUUAAAUGUUCAUUGUCAUGUCAUUGGACUAUUUAUUCUGCAGCUGUCUGCGAGUGGUGCAUUUUGGGAACCCUGCUGCAGUUAUAGGCUCAUUCUCAUUGGUUCAAAUCGUAUUUGGGCUUUGCAGGUCAUCAACAAUGUGAAUACUGCCAAGUCAUGUUUUUUUUUUUUUAUUGUCGAAAUUAAGAAUCCUGUUCUGCAUUAAUGCUGCUCACUUCUGCCCAUAUCUGUUGGGCUUAACAAGCAAUUAAACUGAGCAUGUAACACUAGUUAACAUCAUGUGACAGACAUGCGGUUAUACCUCAAAACUGUCAUAUAUAGCUCUUCCCUGUUUGCCCCAAUCACCCCUGAAAUGCUCUUUUUGAAUAAUACGACCAAUUUUAAGAAAACAAGACCAUUGAAAAGUACAAAUUUCUUUCCACUUGGGUUGAUCUACGUUUGUCGGAUUUACCUAGCCCAAGCAUUAGAUCCAGCCUGGUGAAUAUUUCCCUUACAGAUACCACAUACAAGCAGACCCAGUGGCAGAGCCGCAACCUUUACUAGUUGUCAUCACUUCUGGUAUGCAUCCAGUUCUUUUCAAAUGCCAUUAACAGUCAGUGAUGAGACAGGGUGCAGGAUGUUUGGAUCAAAUGUAAAAUUCUGUUGCUGAGAAGCCAAAAUGAAAGACAAAACACACCGUCCUCUUUUAUUCAGUUGUUUGCCAAUUGUCAUUAACACAGUGUAAUCUAAUUCAGCGUUUAAAGUUGUUUAAGAAUAUAUAAAUAUUUCUGUUAUUGUCUGAUGAUUCAGUAGAAUGUCUGUGGAAACAAAUAGAGGUUGCCAAUGUAUUUUAUAUACUGCCAUUGGAUUUUGCUGUUUGGUUGGACACCUUUGCCUGGUGACUGGUCAGCGAGAGCAAUUGCAGCGAAAAAGAAUACCCAGCCCUUCUCUCUUUUUAAAAAGAACGAUUGUAGAUCUUGUUGGACAGAUCUCUGAGCCACGGUUGACAUCUUCAAAUCUACCACAUUGGACCGUGUGCUAGAAAUGGCCUUAACUGGUUCUUAUUCACAAUUUGUUACUUGCGCAAUAUUUCUUUUCAAUUUGUACAGAGUUAGUUAAAAUAUUCUAUUAAAGUUGUGCAACAUGGA